AUGCCGCGGGGAAGGUCGAGGCAUGGCCGGCCUCGAGCGCGGCCGUUUCCGACACAACCGCCGUCGGCGAGCGGGCAGCGCCAUGAGCGGGCAGCCUCCGCGGCGGCCGCUCUACUUCCCCCAUUUCCACGACCGCUCCGAGCCCGACGGCGGCCCGUGGAAGACCUUGGCGGCCGCGUGCGGGCCGGGGCAGCCGCCACCUCCCGCCGGGGUUCCCCGCUGGCCCGCGGGGCUGGCGGCCAUCCCCUACGAACCGCUGCGCUUCUUCCGCCCCGCGGCGGCCGAGGAGAGCGCGGCGAGGCGGCCCGACGAGCUGUCGCGGCUGGAGGACGAGAUCUGCGAGCUGGGCAUCCGCGUCAAGGAGCUGGAGCUGCUCGCCCUCAUCGGCGAAGACUUCGACGCGCAGCAGUAUAAACUUUUGAAGGCGCUGAGAGAAGGAAAGAUAGAAUGUUUGAAAGCAAGGCAGAAACUGAAGCAGCAGCCCCCAGCGUGAUGGAGAUGUUUCCUCUGGAUGUUCUGUACUAUGGAGUAUUUUAAUGGACCUCCCACAGUAUUCUUUUAUUAAAUCAAAAGAAAAUUUGUUGUA